CUAAUGUAGAGUUGCACUUGUUAGCUUUACGUGGGGGUUGACCCACAAUAGAGUAGUGUGGAUUAAUUUUUUUCGCUGUACACAUAUUUAAUUCUCUUUUUUUACUUUACACACCUGACUUUUCUUUUCUGAUUUGUCAACUUGGUUGUUUUUCUCGUACACAUUUUACCCUUUUAAUACACAUUUUCCCCUUUUAUUCCCACUUUUUACUUUACGGGUUUUUUUACUUUUUACCCUGAAAUUACUUUUUUAAUUUGUUUACCCAAGGAUUUCAAUUGUGAUCUGAUUGUAGCAGUUUAGAAUUGAAAAUGGUGAAGGUAAUGAAGAGCAAGAUGAAGGUGAAGAAGGAGGUGAAGAAAGACUUGAAGAAGAAGGUUGCCGUCGGGGCUUCAAAAAAAAAAGCCCCCUUGACAAAACUUUCGGGCGGUCAGCACUCGAAACUGGCCGUCAAACUCAACCAACACCACUCCAAGCUCAAGCACGCGGGAAAACAGGUCAAAAAGCAGGCCAAGGCUCCGAAAAAAGCACCAAAACUCAACGCCAAACACACUGGCAAAGCAACCAAACGCACAGCCAAAACCAAAAAACAAACCAAAAAAACCAAAACCACAAAGAAAACACUAAAACACAAGAACAAGAAAUAAACAUCACACUCUACACACUACUCAAACCCUUUCUUCAUUAACUCUCACUACUCACAUACUCACACUACUCACACUGUUACACAUCCCCAUUUAUUAUUAAUUUGCAACCUUUUUGUAAUUUAUUUACAAUUUGGAAUUAAAAUUUGGUAAAUGUGUAGUUGGUGCAGCAGAUUAUUGAGUUAUUUUCCUCGGAGACUGGACACUUGACCGGAGGAAAUUAAAGAAAUCAGUGAAAGGAUGAGAGUGAUGGGAUUUGAGUGAUGGGAUUUGAGUGAUGGGACUUAAGUGUAAUGGCAUUU